AUGGCACCUCCAACCCUCAACAGAGACGAGCUAAGCAACCUCUCGUUUGUCCUCCACAAGCCCCUGCAUGUGAGCUACCAAGAGCGCCCGAAGCCGACGCUCCAGUCCCCCCACCACGUCGUCGUCGCCGUCGACUACACGGGCAUCUGCGGCUCCGAUGUCCACUACUGGCGCCACGGCGCCAUCGGCCACUUCGUCGUCAGGCAGCCCAUGGUCCUGGGCCACGAGUCCGCCGGCACCGUCGUCGAAACCGGCCGCGCCGUGACCCACCUGCGGCCCGGGGACCGCGUCGCCAUCGAGCCGGGCUACGCCUGCCGCCGCUGCGUCGACUGCCGCGCCGGCAGGUACAACCUGUGCGACGAAAUGGUCUUUGCCGCCACGCCCCCGCACGACGGCACCCUCACCGGGCUGUGGUCCUCCCCCGCCGACUUUUGCUACAAGCUCCCCGACGCCGUGUCCCUCCGGGAGGGCGCCCUCAUCGAGCCCCUCGCCGUGGCCGUCCACAUGGUCAAGCAGGCGGCGGUGCAGCCGGGCCAGUCCGUCGUCGUCAUGGGCGCCGGCCCCGUCGGCCUCCUCUGCGCGGCCGUGGCCAGGGCCUACGGCGCCUCCGCCGUCCUCACCGCCGACAUUGUCCAGCCCAAGCUCGACUUUGCCGCCCGGUUCGCCUCCACGCACACCUACCUCUCCCGCCGGGUCGCGCCCGAGGACAACGCCGCGGCCAUCAAGUGCCUGCUCGGCUUGCCCAGGGGUGCCGACGCCGUCAUUGAUGCCAGCGGCGCCGAGCCGUCCAUCCAGACGAGCCUGCACACCGUCCGCAGGGGAGGCACCUUUGUGCAGGGCGGCAUGGGCAAGCCCGACGUCACCUUCCCCAUCAUGGCGCUGUGCCUGAACGAGGUCACGGCCAAGGGGUCGUUCCGCUACGGUCCUGGGGACUACGAGCUGGCCAUUAACCUGGUGGCCAGCGGCAAGGUGGACGUGAAGAAGCUGGUGACGGCGACGGUGCCGUUCCAUGAGGCCGGGGAGGCCUUUCGCAAGGCGGCGGAAGGGGAGGUGAUUAAGAUUUUGAUUGCGGGGCCAAACGGUGACAAGGAAUAG